CACCUACCAUCCGCUCUGGCCGGGCCACUCGUCGACCACAAAUUUUGGGAUUCACCUGCGCGCCACACGGCACAACCGCACAACCGCCCCACCUACGUACACACACACACACACACACGCAAUCUCUAUCGCACGCACAAUGUUUGACCGCGCACAUCUCGAGGGUCUCAAGCGCAAGGAGCUGCAAGCCCUUGCCAAGGAGCACGGCAUCAAGGCCAAUGGAAAGUCGACUUUCAUCAUCGAGAGCCUGCUCGAACUGAACGAGACGGCGAACGAGCCUGUCGUCGAACCCGAGACUGAGCCCGAGCCCGAGACCGAGCCCGAGGCCAUGGUCGUGGCCUAUCCCGAGACAGACAUCGCCACAGACGACGUGGCGCUGAGCCUCGACGAUCUCGAGUCGCCGGCGCCUACAGCGCGCGCCGCGCCGGCAACCACGAGCGUGACGGUGCCGCUCGCCGGCGAGGCAAGUGGCAAGGUGGCUGAUCGGCUGCUUAGGCCGGCAGGCAAGCCGCGCGCUGGCAAGUCCGCCAAGUCCACCACGUCUACCAAGAGCGGGGCUGGCCCGCGAUCGGUUCGCGACAAGUUUGACGCCAUGCACGCCAAAAUGUUCUCGGGCAUGGCGUCGAUCGGCGAGAAGCGCAGCCGCAAGCCGGUCGCCAAGCCUGCCGGCCGCAGGGCAGUUGCACCGGCUGCCGCUGUCGCCGCCGCCGGUCCGUCGUCGCGCAAGGCCGCCGGCAAGGCCGCCGGCCGCCGCAAGCCCAACCUCAACCCGAAGCGGGUCCCCAUCUCCUUCCGCUCCAACAAGGCAUACAAGAGCGCGCUGAGCAAGUCGACAACAACCAAGCCGGUUGACGAGAACAGUGCAGCACCGCUCAACCAGCGCAAGUCAGUCCGCGACGUCGGGUGCAAGACGCCCAAGGCCGCCGCCAAGGCCAAGGCCGCCGCCUCGUCGGCCCGCAAGAAGCGCGCCAAGAUCGCUUCCUCCCGCCGCGCUGCGCUUGUCGCCUCCAAGGCGUAGUCGAGCUCAGCUCACAAUGCUUUGUACCCAAACACGCCACACACACACA